AUGAUUUUCUCUCAACCAUUUUGUCAAAAUAUCUCAACAACACCUCCAGCUUUAAAUAGUCCUAUACAAUAUGAUUCAUUUCCACAUACAGAUGACAAUCAUUUAGUUACACGAAAAUUAUUAUCAUCUGAUGAAACAGAUACUUUAAUGCAAAAAUCACCCAUUUCUACUGUUGGUGAACAUAAUCAACUUCAGAACUUUCAGUCAGCUGCGCUAAGAAAUGAAGAGUUCAGUUUAAUACAAAUGAAUGAUGUUCCAAAUCAAAAUGUUUCAAGAAGCAAUACAAUAUUACCACCUGUAAGUAAUAUACUGAUGCCAAAUAAUAUACAUAUUAUGUCAGGUGAUAAGAAACACAUAACAAAUUCGUAUUAUUCUUCUGUUGUUGCAUCAAUAUCAUCAUCUUCACCUUUGAAUUAUCCUGAACUGAUUUAUCAAAUAAAAAUCUUAUAA